AUGCCUUUUCAUGAGUUAGUGAAAAACAACUAUGGAAUAGACCGUAAUAUCGACCUACUGACACAAGAGAACCUUUUGCUUCACACAAAAAAGUUACCAAAGGCUACUGAUAGGGUAGCGUCUUUUGUUAGAUCCCAACAGUUAUUGGUAGAUGAUUUGUUGGCACUUGAACAUCAACGUUGUCUUGAAAUCCAAGAAUGCGUCCUUGAUAACCAAGUGAUCCGAAUAACAAUAAAACCACCAGGAAAUUCAUGGCGUCGAAUUAUUCACAAAUACUCUUCCUUUCGAUUUUUGUUCGAUCGGCAUCACGAAACAAAGCGUCAAAAGAACUUUGUAGCAUAUUACUAUCCACCCAUGAAACCAAGACAAUCAACAUGA